CCUCGCCUCGAUGAGAUAGCGUUUAUGUCGAAUGAUGACCUUCCGGAUCCGGUGCUGUAUGCGGACGGGUGUGUGGAUGAUAACAGGAUCAUUAUGCUUUGCCAGCGCCAGGAAAUGGAGCGCCUGGGAAUGACUGUUAGUUCAGGGACGGUUGUUGUUAAAAAGGAUAACAGUAACCUGAUCGGGAUAAGCAUUGGAGGUGGCGCCCCGCUAUGUCCGUGUCUCUACAUUGUGCAGGUCUUCGAUGGAACACCUGCGGCACGUGAAGGAACACUGCAGAGCGGUGACGAGCUGCUGGGAGUGAAUGGUGUUUCGGUGAAGGGUAAAACGAAGGUGGAAGUUGCCAAAAUGAUUCAGUCCGCUACGGACGAGGUCGUCAUCCAUUACAACAAACUGCAUGCCGACCCGACGCAGGGUGAAACGCUCGACAUCGUGCUGAAAAAGAUGAAGCACCGACUGGUGGAAAAAAUGUCCAGUAGUACCGCUGACACGCUUGGCCUCUCCCGUGCUAUUCUUUGCAAUGAUUCGCUGGUUAAACGGUUGCAGGAGCUCGAACGGACGGAAACGAUGUACAAGGGGUUGGUGGAUCAUGCAAGGAGGAUGCUAAAAGCGCACUUUGACGUGCUGCAGACAUACCAGGCGUUCGGGAACAUCUUCGCCUCGAUUAGCGUCCGCGAGCCACAACCACGGGCAUCGGAAGCGUUUCGUAUCUUUGGCGAACUGCACCGUAACAUGGAGAAGGAUGGAAUCAAAAUGAUCAAGGCGCUGAAGCCGAUCCUGGCCGACAUGGGUACUUACCUGCACAAGGCCAUCCCGGACACCAAACUCACCGUCAAACGAUACGCCGACGCCAAGUUCAGCUAUCUAUCCUACUGUUUGAAGAUUAAAGAGAUGGACGACGAGGAGCACGGUUAUGCGGCGAUCCAAGAACCGCUGUACCGGGUGGAAACGGGCAACUACGAGUACCGGUUGAUCCUCCGCUGCCGGCAGGAUGCGCGGAUGAAGUUUGCCAAGCUGCGCAGCGAUGUGUUGGAAAAGAUCGAACUGCUCGAGUGCAAGCAUGCUCGCGACCUGGCCAGUCAGCUGCGCAAGUUCAUCGAGGGGCUGGCAACGCUGGCCGCCGAGACGGUCGAGCGGCUGGAGUCCAUACCGAAUCUCUUUCCGAUCGAGGUGGACCUGAAGGCGAGCGCGUUUCAGUACAAAUCCACCGUCAAGUUUCAGGCGGAAGAGUACGUGGAUGAUGAAGUGCCGCAGGCAGAGGAAGCUAUCGAGGAAGGAAACGGUACUGGCACAGUGCGUCCCGAUCCGAAACCAUCGUCAGCCGGUUCGGGACGGGCGAAUGGUGCAAAUGGGGACGAUGGGCAACUGCUGGGAGGAUUUGAGGAGAUCGAUCUGAGCAAAGGGACAACCACUGGCUCAACGGAGAACGAUCUGCUGAACGAACUUGGACUGGCUGGAAUUGAUCUGUCCGUGGGAGGUAAGCCACUCAGCAGCAACCUGAUGGAUGAUCUACUGGUACCAGGGAUGGAUCUUUUUAAAUAAAUAAAAAAUCCUGGUUAAGAGAGUAAAAUCGCGAAGCAAA